GGUCCCAAAGAGGGAGACAAGAUUCAACUCACGAGCGUCACAAUUUCUCUUCGCCGUUAAAUCUAACAGACUAAUCCUGGGUUCAACCCACUACUUAAGCGAUGCUUUUACCCGUCUAACGGAAUUAUCCCAAUUCCAAUUAUUGCACUUCAACUUUGAGACCCCAAACAACAUCUUUUUCCCAUUCAAAAUCUUUCACCGGAAAAAAAAUACUCUGAAAUCUCGCCGUCAACUGUAUCGUUUCGCCGUCGGUUUUAUGAUUUGUUUCCAAGUUACUACACAAUUCUUUAAAGGAGGUUGAUGGUGAGCUUCAGACAAAUAAGAGAUUCUUAAAGCUAUGUCGUCUUAUGUGGUAAUCUAGGGAGUUAAGUUCAAGUUAGGGCACAGUUUUGUGUUAUGGACACAAGCAGUUUCAGGUCUGAAUCACACGUAGCACAACAAAGCAGAAGAGAUAAGCUAAGAAUUCAAGCUACUUCUUCUUCUUCAGCUCAUCAUUUCAAUGACUACCCUAAUAAUCUGCAACAUUUUUCUCUUAAUUCUGGGCUAAACCAAGAUCUUGUUCAGGUUCGAAGUCUCAGUAAUAAUGUUCUUUAUGAUCCUAUUAUUACUACAGAAAUGAUCAAUUUUGGCAAUAGUUCUAGUGUAGUAGCUGGUGACUCUACAUUUACUAACAUGUCUCAUCAAUCUCACCCAAAAACUAACACUAAUGACCCACAAGGAUGUAAUUGGAGAACUAUUGAUUCACAUCAAAGUUAUGACUUGAUGGUAAAUUACAAUGCAAGUGGUUCAUCAGAAACCAAUCAGAAACGUGUGUUUGUUGGAGAUGUCUUGUCAAAUAAUGCUAAUAAUAUGUCUACUAAUUACAAUGGUUAUGAUCAUCAAGAUGUUCAUCAAUCUUCUUUAGCUAAUCCAUCACUUUACCAUAGCACACUUCAAGAUUUUGCUUAUGGUACUACUAAUCAGAUAUCUACUAGUUCGACUGCUUCGUAUUUCGAUAAUGCGAAUUCUUGGAUGAAUAGGCCGAUUGAUAAUAAUUGUCAUCAAUGGAGGACUAUUGGUAGUGAUCAUAAUAUUACUCAGGGUUUGUCUCUGUCUUUGUCUUCCAAUCCGGAUCCGCCAGUUAGAGGAAAUGUAUGUCAUUUCGGAGAGGGAUAUAGUUCUGAUUAUCUGCAAUCAAGACCUGGUUUGUUCAAAGAGCCUCGUGAAGAUUCUAAAGAAUUUGUCAAGCAAAAUUAUUUGCCAAGUCCAAUGUUAAAGCCAGCAAUUAUUAGUAAAAGUAGCUGUGGAAAAUCGCUUCAUGAAAAGGUGGUAGCAACUCCUUCGAAUGCUUUUCGAAACUCCGGACCUCUUGGUCCUUUUACGGGAUAUGCAACUAUUCUGAAGAAUUCAAGGUUCUUGAAACCAGCUCAAGAACUGUUAGAUGAAUUCUGUGAUGCAACCGGUUUGAAACUCAUGAGAACCGGUGAUGCAUUAGCUAAUGCAGAGACUAGUGAUAGAGGCAAUAACAAUUCUGGUGUCUCAUCUACACUUUAUAACCCUAAUCAUGUUAGUGGUGGUGAUCUUGGAGCUGCGAGCAGUUCCGGCGAGUCUUACAGACCGGAGUGCCAACAAAGGAAGGCUAAACUACUGUUUUUGCAAGAGGAGGUAUGCAGAAAGUACAAGCAAUAUCACCAGCAGAUGCAAAUGGUGGCUUCGUCGUUCGAUGCAGUUGCAGGUCUGAGUGCUGCGACACCCUAUGUUUCUUUGGCUCUCAAGACGAUAUCGAGGAAUUUUCGGUUCCUAAAACUUGCAAUUUCGGAUCAGCUCAAACAUGUAGCGAAGGCUCUCGGGGAAGAUAUGUUAACCCAUAAUGCUGGUGCUAGUAGUAGUAAAGGUGACGUGAGCACAUCAAGGAUGAGACACAUUGAUCAAAGCUUCCAAAGGAACAAAUUGGGUGGGGCUAAUGUGGGCAUCUUUGAACCCCAACAACAUGUCUGGAGGCCCCAACGAGGCCUACCGGAACGUUCCGUUGCUAUUCUUAGAGCAUGGCUAUUUGAGCAUUUUCUUCACCCGUACCCCACCGACACCGAUAAACACAUGCUGGCCACUCAAACGGGUCUGUCUCGGAAUCAGGUCUCAAAUUGGUUUAUAAAUGCUCGGGUGCGCGUUUGGAAACCAAUGGUGGAAGAAAUACACAUGCUCGAAACCAAAGGUGUGGCGGAAACCAAUCGAACUACUUCCCGCAAUGAUGGUAAAUCUAAAGAGGGAACUGAUCGGUCGAAUCACGAGCAAGCAUUGAACACUAUUGGUGCAAGUUCUAUGCUUAGUAGGCAGAUGGAAUGCUCCGGAUCAGGUUCGUCGGGAGGAAGCGGGGACCGAGAGCUCGAGGUCGAGCAUUGGGAUCAAGAGAAAAGAUCAAGAGUAGAUCAUCAGUUUCGGGUUCCAACCUGUAUGGAUACAUCAAUGAUGAAUUUUCUGCCAUACCAAAGAAGUGGAAUUGACAUAGGAGGUGGGAUUGGAGCUGUUUCGCUUACAUUAGGCCUUAGGCGCAGCGCGGAAAAUGUGCAACAGCAGCAACAUGAAGAUCAACUAAUUGGGCGGCAAUUUGGAGGUCAGAUGAUUCGUGAUUUUGCGGGUUGAAUUAUUAUAUGAUCAUAUUAUAUACUUUAUGUUUUAAAUGGAAAAUUAGCUAGGGAAUAACUAGGGAGAAAGAAAAAUGAGAUGAAAAGAAAAGCUCGUAUCACCAAUGCAUUGCCUAUUUAUGAAAAGAGAUUCAUCUUUCCAUAUUUAAA